AGAUUUCGAAGAAAGAAAGAAAUCAGCGCUUCCAUUUUAGGGGUUUGUUUUGAUAUUGUAUAUUUUAAGCCCUGAGAGAUAGCUGAAACUAAAAUGGAAUCGCAAAUGAUUCCGCAUCCAUUGGUUUUUACUCACUUUUCACACAAAACAGCUUGAAUGUAAGUCUUUUUUCAUAGUUCAACCUAGAGGUUUAAACUGUCUUAAAAAGUGUCCUGAACCAGAGAAUUUGAUUAUAUAAGAACUUCACGAAUGGCAGAGAGGAGAUCGUUGCUGCUAAGUGACAUUUGAAUGUAUUUCCCCACUGUCGAGACAUUCCCCAUCCUCAAAGGGAAAUAGGAAGCUUCUUUUAAACACAUGAUAGGAGCCAUCCGCUCUCUCUUCCUCAAGUCAUGCAUCCUUUAGGGUAGAGUGCAUUUAACUCCACGCGCCAUCUGUUUCAUAUUAUUAUUAUAUGUUUUAUAUUUUAUACACCAAUCCUUUGGGACUACACAAACUCAGAGAAACCACAACUGGUGAGUCAGGCACAAAGCAAAUUGCACCCUUGUUUAAUUAUGCAGUAGCUUGGACUAUUGCCAGUAAAACAACAGAGAAACUCAGUUGGACAGUGUCCAUGGAAGUUAUGUCAACCAUUUAUUCCACUUUUUAUUAGGCUUGAAUUUUAAACAAAGAAUUGUUUGUGACCUAAUAUUUGUGGUUGCACUCAGGCUUCAGGUACACUUAAAUUCAGUCCAGCCGGUCAUAUGAUACCGUCGCAGUGGACUUGCUUCUUCCAGUCCACCACAGGAAAUCCAAGUAGCCUUUGAAGAUACCCAUUUCCCAUAUUGUUAAUGAAAUCCAGACAUCUGAGACAGAUCCAGAAGCAAAGUGGCCACAGACUUGUGAAUUUCAAAGUAUCCCAGACUAUCUGCUCAACCAGACAACAUAUCUUCUAUGUCCCCAACACUUGUUAUUAUAUUUCACGUUUUUCUCCUUGAUACAAAUCACAGGGAGGUUGCAUUAUUUUGAGUUUAACCCAUUUUCCCACUUCAUGCCAUCUUCAGCUUUCUCCAUGAAUAAACAACUAAUGACAUUAACAAGAAUGCACAACAUAGGAAUUACACUCACCACGUUGUAACUGUAAAUACAUAUCAAUUUCUAAUACUUUUUUGACUGUCAAAACCUACUAACCCCUAUGUACUUCUUUGAAUGUUUGUCACUCUUGUUACACUUCUACUGGUUUCGGGUGUCAUUUCUGUGUGUCGUCUUGCCGGAGUUUUCCUCUGUUGUGUGUUUUCAUUGUCUUUGUCCACUUUGUCUUUUGUCUUGCCCGCCUACAUCCUCCCUUUCCUCCCUUCAACCCUUAACCCCUGCCCGCAUCACAGAGAUGAGGAAGGGGAAGAGGAAGGAGAGGAGAAGGAGGAGGAGGAGGAGGAGGAGGAGGGAGAGAAUGAGGAGGAGGAGGAGGACGACGAGGCAGAUUAUGAAAGUCAUCCAGUCACUGAGUCCUCUAGACAGGGCGCUCACAGUCUGACAGAUUUAAACAACCCUCCUACAUCUUACACAACUAGAAAGCCCUGCUGGGCUGAAAGAAUCAAUGCCAAUGGUAGUCCAUACCCCGGCAGGCACAAGGCUCCUACAUCCACGAUUCAUCGCUUCACUACUACAGCAACCUGCACACCAGAGUCCCAUCUGGGUGACAGGCCGGCCCACGGAGGCUUGCUGACUUCAUCGUACAGGCAGCACCAGGAGUCUCUGGCUGCCGAGAGAGAGAGGAGACGCCUGGAAAGAGAAGAGCGCCUGCAGAGAAUCGAAAGAGAAGAGAGGAAUCGUUUCAAUCGGGAUCGGCUUGACAAGAGGGAAGAAGCAAGACACGCCAGGGAGGAAAGGUUGCAGGCUGUGGAGAGGUUGGCCGCCGAGGAGGUGGAGCGUGAGCGCCCCAGGGCGCCGGCAAGAGGACGGACUGAGAUCACGCUGUGUUUGAGUCCCAACCCUGCCAGCCGCUCUGCGCCCCGCUGUGCCACGCCUUCGACCAUCAUCUCACAGGAGGACACAGCGGCCGCUGUGCACCGGGCGUCAGGAACAAAAAAUAUUUUAGAGCCAAACCUUGACCCACAGACGAGAACCAAAAGCCCAGACUCAACAGUGUCAGAACCUCCCCCCCCGCCUCCCUCCGAACCAGACAAGCAGCAGACUGAGUCGCCCGCAGAGAAGGAACAUGUUGCUGACGCUCAGGCCGAGCAGAACGUCGUGGCAGAGCCGGCGUCAGGUGGGCAUGCAGGCAGGGACGAAGAGAUGAUUGAGGAACAGAAAAAGCACAUGGACAAGGUAGAAGUGGAAGAGCUGGUAGAGGAGACCGAAGCAGCAGAUGUAGCAGAAGUCGGAGAGCCACGUGGGCUGGAUGUGGAAUCACAGGAGGAGUUUGAGAAGGAGCAGCCAGUGGUCAGGGAUGUCGAAGACGGCGUACUGCUGAGUGAGAAGGAGAGACAGAACGAGGAAGUGAAUGAAAAGGACAACUGCUCCGCUUCCAGCAUCUCCUCCACAAGUAGCACUCUGGAGCGGGAGGAGCGGGAGGAGAAACUCACCAAUGACAUUGACGCAGCAGGCCAAUGGACACAGUGCAGCAAAGAAGUAGAUGUCAACGACCAGUGCAACAAAAUAAUUAACAGCAAGCGCUUCAUGCUGGACAUGCUCUAUGCUCAGGAGACAACCGGCAAGGAUGAAGGGAAUGUAGCAGAGAAAGAAAACAGUAAAUGUGAGAAGGAUGCAGAGGUCAGUGACUCCUCUGUAGCUAGCUUGGCCAGCAGGAUCUCCACACUGGAGGCCCACAGACAGGCCAGAGACGAAAAUGUGAAAAAAAUGGACGUGGGACAUCUGGACAACCAGGGCAGCGUACGAGCAGUGGCGGAGAAGUUUGGGGAUUUGGUGAAAGGCCUGACGUCUCCUCCGGAGGUUGAGGCCUCCAAAGAGCAGCAGCCGCAGACUGACAAAUCAUCAACGGCUGCCUCAUCGAGCUUACCCGCGAAGAAGGAGUCCGACUACAUCUGGGAUCAGCUGAUGGCCCAACCUAGAGAGCUGAGGAUCAAAGAAAUGGACUUCACGGACCUGAGGGAUGAGGACGACAUGGACAUUUUAGAUAUGGACAGUGUACUGGGGUCGGGGGACCUCAUACCCCCACCUCCACCUCUGCCGUGUAAUUCUGCACUGCCACCGCCCCCUCCCCUGUUUGGGUGCCCUCCUCCUCCUCCCAUCCUCGGCAAAAUGAUGCCCCCAGCACCACCAUUCAUGGCCCCUGACCCUCCGCCCUCCCCUCAGCUAAGUCGAGGGGAGACUCCUCUCUUCCAAAAGAAAAAGAAGACCAUCCGGCUGUUCUGGAACGAAGUGCGUCCCGUGGACUGGCAUUGUAAGAGUCACAAAUUCUGCAAGGAGUCGCUCUGGUCCAAACUGGAACCGGUCAAACUGGACACAUCCAAGCUGGAGCAGCUGUUUGAGUCCAAAUCCAAAGAGAUGCCUAUCACAAAGAAAGCAGCUGUAGAUGGAAAACGACAAGAAAUCAUAGUGCUGGACUCGAAACGCAGCAAUGCCAUAAACAUUGGCUUGACUGUGCUUCCUCCUCCUCGCACCAUUAAGACCGCUAUCCUCAACUUUGAUGAGUACGCACUGAACAAGGAGGGCAUUGAGAAAAUCUUGACGAUGAUUCCCACAGAAGAAGAGAAGCAGAGGAUCCAGGAGGCUCAGCUGGUCAACCCUGAGAUCCCCCUGGGCAGUGCUGAACAGUUCCUUCUCACCCUCUCCUCCAUCACAGAGCUGUCCGCUCGCCUGCAGCUGUGGGCUUUCAAGAUGGACUAUGAGCUUAUUGAGAAGGAAGUAGCAGAGCCUCUGCAGGACCUCAAAGAGGGGAUGGACCAGUUAGAGAAAAACAAGACACUCCGCUACAUCUUGACCACAUUGUUGGCCAUUGGCAACUUCCUCAAUGGCACUAAUGCUAAAGGCUUUGAGCUGAAUUACUUGGAGAAAGUCCCCGAGGUGAAGGACACGGUUCAUAAGCAGUCCCUGCUGCACCACGCCUGCUCCAUUGUGGUAGAGAAGUUUCCAGACAGCACUGAUCUCUACUCUGAAAUAGGAGCUAUCACCCGUUUGACCAAGGUGGACUUUGACCAGCUUCAAGACAAUCUGGCACAGAUGGAGCGAAGGUGCAAAGCAUCAUGGGAUCAUCUCAAGGUCAUUGCGAAACACGAGAUGAAACCACCAUUGAAACAAAAAAUGUCAGACUUCCUCAAAGAUUGUGCAGAGAGAAUAAUAAUACUCAAGAUAGUACAUCGGAGAAUACUCAACAGGUUUCAUGCCUUUCUGCUGUUCCUGGGCCAUCCGGUAUAUGCGGUACGCGAAGUCAGCAUUCAUCGCUUUAGCAAAAUCCUGAGUGAAUUUGCCCUGGAGUAUCGCACAACAAGAGAGCGCGUGCUACAACAGAAACAGAAGAGGGCCAACCACCGAGAGAGGAAUAAAACCAGGGGGAAAAUGAUAACAGAUAGUGAGGAGGAAGAUAAUAGUGAGAGUGGUAAAUUUGCCGGUGCCCCAUCAGAGUCACAUGAGCUCGCGUCUCAGGGUAUCAAGUACGCUGAAGAUGCAGCUGAGCAUGAGAACAUGAAGGCCAUACUGAAGAGCGGCUUGCAGGGUGGAGAGAGUGUGACGUCCACGGUGCCCGGCCUCCGUACACGCACCAGAGCGAGCAGCACCAGAGGGCAUGUUACCCCAUGGUGUCCUGCCAGUGACGACCCGGCGAACUGCACAGAUGAUACAGCUGAUGAGAUCAUGGAGAGGAUUGUAAGGUCAGCCACUCAGGGGCCCGGCCAGCGGACGCAACCUCGUGAGAGGAGACGGUCCCGAGCCAACCGGAAAUCACUGAGGAGGACACUGAAGAACGGUUUGACCACAGAGGAGGCAAAUGCUCUCGGCUUAUCCAGUGGGUCAGAGAUGCAGGUGUGAACGGGACGUACCGCCGAGACGUCUCGAAGCCCUCUCACUGCCCCUCCAGUGCCCACUCCCAGACUGGCACCCCACUGUGGCUUGGCACCAGAAUUCCCGCACAGCCGUCUUCAUGCGUCUGACCUCCUCUUCAUGCAUUUGGCUCACAUAGGCCUGACCCAAGGGCUUCCCCGAAGGGAGCGGAUAAAAGGUUUAGUUCAUGAUAGCCAAAGAGAGCAGAACCAGAACGUGCUUUCAAACCACUAACAUGUGCUAUUGCUGGAUAAACAUUAAUGACGUUCCCCCUCAAGGCUAAAUCGCAAUCAUCCUUCGAACGUGACGUUGCGUCCAAACACUCGUGCAAAAAUGUGUGUUUUUCAAGGUUGGAGGGCAUCAAAACAGUUGGCAGUGCAUUUGCUUCAAUGUCAGUGGCCUUGGUUGAAUCCGAAGGGCCAGGAAGUGUGUUACAGACACUACAUUCUGCGGAAAAUAGAAAGAACUUUUAUCUGUUGAAUAUAUGGCUUUGUGCAGAGGGUUAUUCUGUUAUGUACUACUGUGGUAGUUUUAUGUUUCUUUCCAUUUUGCUGAAGAAGGUGCUCAAGGGGAACAAUUGCACUGGAUGUGAAAGUACGGUAUAAAAGGAAUUUAAAAUCCUUGAAACUGAUGAACCACUGAACCACAUCUGAAAAUACACCCAACAGUUUAACCAGCAAAUCGAUAGUCACACAGUUUGUAAGGUCAAAUCAAAGUGGACACUUUCAAGCUAGAUGAAGGUCAAAAGCUCCAUCAAAUGUCUUGUUGGUCGACUCAAUAAGGAGAACUUUAGCAGAGACAUAUUUUAAGGACCACAGUCCACAGGCCAGCUAUUGUGUGGGAGACUGGUGCUACCACUCACUUCAUGCUAAUGCUCAUCAACAUUUUUAGACCUAAACAAAUAGUAGACAAGUGUCAUCAUGCGACCUAUUCUCACACCUAAAGGAAGCCAGGCAAAGCGUUACAAUCUUUAGAGAUCAGUAGUUUUGUUUUCUAGAAACUAUGAGCUGCACAUCUCAGAGUGCCUUUUAGAGACAUUUAUUUAUUAAGAUGUUUUCAGGGACAUAAACUCAAGAAAAUGUUACUACAGAUGUGCAGUCUGUGAGGGGCGAGAGGAUUAUACUGCAGUGUACAUCAUUCAAGAGGUGUGACUUAUUUUUAACCAGUGUUUUUAGAACAUGUCGUGGCAUGUUUUUUUUGUUCUUCCAUUUUAUGUUUUGGAUUAAAUAAUAUGUUAUGGAGAUUUCUCUAGAGUAUUUAAGACAAUUUAGGCUUGGUAAUACACAUAAGCUGUAUAGUGUUGCCUUACUAUAGAAUAUAGAAAUCCAUCGUUCCACUCUCGUCGACAUCAUCAAGGUCAAAUGUAGGAGUUAAAAACAGAGCAGGCCAAAUGAACAUGUAGUUUAACUGGCAUCACUGGAGGUCUUAGUUUGUUAUUUGAGAUUCAUCCGCCAUCUAUCAAUAAGAACAUCUGGGUUACAUGACAUAAUGUGGACAAAUGGAUGUCUAAAUCUGUUUUAAAACAUGCACAGCUGAAUUGUAGAACAAGACUGAGCCCACAGUUUAUGUUUGCGAUUAUGAAGGUCUGUUGAUGUUGAUGAACUCAUUGUGCUAUUCAUUUGGAACGGCCUUGCCUCUGUUAAUCAUCAUUUUAGUUUAUAUCAUGGCUAUAGAAAUUUAUUCAAUAGCAAAUUCCCACUCUGAUGGAAAGAUGGCCAUCGAGAGAAACAAGAAUUUAGCGCACCAUUACAAUAAAGCUAUGUAAGACCACACCAGCAGUACAUUAUUUUGUUCUGUAACAAUUAACUGAAAACUAUUCAGCACCUUAGACUUUGUGUAGCAUGCAACUUUAAAAUAACUGAAGUUAUAGGAGCUCAUGUGCUUCUCAGAUUGUGCUGAUUUUGAUAGAAUAGAUGUGUAAAGUAAUAUAGGGAGAAUACUGUAAAAUGUUGUACAUGUCAUGACAAUGUCUUUAUGUCUGUUUUUUUCUCCAUGUGUAGAAUAGUGUGCUAUAGUCUAAAGCAGUAUUAUUCUAAAUAUAAUUUAAGCAAAACAAGCCAUGAAUGGUUUUAUGUGUCACCUCUGCUUAAUACAAGCGGAGGUUCUGUCAGGUCCUCAGAGCUGCAGGGUUUUACUUUACAGACUGUUAAAGUCUGUAAACAUGGUGAGACGCGUAUUAAUGACAUUCACAUUUUAGUCCUGUGGCGUACCUUAGAAGCCACUAAUUGCAUUGCACUCAGCAUUUUCUUCCUCUAAUUUAAUAUCAGCCCACUACACACAAGCUGCCUGUGCCAUAACGUCACUGUGCAACUUGACAAAGGUGCUUUACAACCAAGGCUUCGAUUGUGUCUAUUACGUGCACAGCAAAAUAAAAACAUGUAGCUAAUACAAUAAAAAGGAUCAUUAAAACCUGUUGA